GAAUGGACACCACCGUAGAAGAAGAAGAAAUAAAAGUCAACAAACAUUCGGCUGUCGUGACCCUGCUGUCUGGACAAGGUGCGCACGUCUGUCACCAUCGUCCCUCGUUUGUUCAUGAUCUUCUCCGGCAUCUCUUGUGUGAUAAACUGAGAUCCUCAUGACAUCAUGUCAGUCAACUCCCUCCUGCGCUGCACCAUCAGGCUGGAGAGGAAACAUGUGGCCACACUCUUGAUCCCUCGAAGAGCUCUGUCUGGAGCAGAGGCAGUUAACGCACUGCGGCCAUUUUACUUUGCCGUCCAUCCUGACUUCUUUGGCCAGCAUCCCAGGGAAAGGGAAGUGAAUGAGAACUCCCUGAAGAGGCUGAAUGGCUAUUUAGAGAACCUGCAGCGUCCAGGCUCAUGCUCGGUGCAGCCGAUGAAACUCACCUUUUUUGUGAGGAACACAAAGGAGAGCAUGCAUGAGCAGGAGGAACUCCUCCCCUCUGGGUUCCGCGUGGUGAGUUUCAUCCUCCGCACCAGUGACGUGUUGAGUACAGUGAAGAAUGUGCUGAAGUCCUGUAACCUGCCUGUGGAGCAUAUGGAGCAGAUGGAGGUGCCGUCGAGGAAGCCAGCUGAUGAGCAUGCCACGAUCUACAGGCCCAUUAAGUGGGACAAGAGUUACUACGCGUUCACUGGAUUCAGAGAUCCAGAAGAGGAGCUGCAGCAGGCCCACAGGGUGGAGCCCACGCUCGACUUGUGGCUGAGGAACAAUGAGCCAGAGGCGGCCAAGAAGCACUCAGCUAGUCUUCCUCGGAGAACAGAACUGAAGCGACUGAAGAAGGAACUGUGCAUGAAGUUUAACGUAGCUGACAUCAGGUGGCAGCGCAGCUGGGGAGUGGCCCACAGGUGCAGCCAGCUUCAGAGUCUGAGCAGACUGGCUCAGCAGAACCCAGACUCCAUGAUCAACCUGCAAGGCCAUACUGUGGUGUUCUCCGACCACUCUGGCAUGAACGCGUCUGGCUAUGUGAUGCUGGGAACCACAGACGUCCAUCAUCAGUGGGCCAAACUGUUUCAGCAGCUGCCGGUGUAUCGCAGCCUACAGCAGCAGAGCGAGUGGCUGAGGGAGAGGAUCAGUCUCCUCUUGGGCGGGACCCAGGUGGUCCACAUGGAGCCGCUGGGAUUGGUCCAGUCCAUCCAAGAACAUUACAACACCCUCAACACCUUCCACAAGGGACUGAUGUCAGGCAGGCUCCGACUGCACCCGCGCGGCCUGCAGGGGCUCACCAUGACACUGGACAACGACAGCUCCAGCUGUAGACUGCAUGAGCUGGGCCACUUCGUCAUCCCGGUCAACUGUGACAUGCUUCAGCUGCAGGCCUUCCUCCUGAACCAUGCCAGCCAGGCCAGACUCAAAACCCAGCGCAGGAUUCAACUGCAGGUGGAGGAGGACGCCCUGGUCAAAGAGUGUGUCCAGAGUCUCUCUCUGAGGGAGCUGUCCAAAGAGCCCAGUCUCAGCUCCAGUCACAUGAUCCAUUGCUGCAGACGCCUGCUGGACAUGCGCCUGCCGCUGCUCCAGGGUCUCCACAUCUGUGUGUCCCACUUCUACUCUGUGAUGCAGGACGGGGACCUGUGUGUGCCCUGGGACUGGAAGAGCUGAAGCCCACUCUUCUUGAAAGUAGUCAACUGAUCUGCUGCUAAGGGAGGAACUGUGAAGGGGUCUACAUUUCCUCAAUCAUUACUGUUGAUGCUAGAAGCACUUUCAGACUAACUGCUGCAGAGGGCAGCAGAAGAGGUCACGUUUUACUUUCUUCUGAAGUUGGAAAAGAAAGCACUUUUGAGUUGGACCGGUCAGUGUGUUCACCAGUAAGUCAGUCUUGUUUUGGCUGUGUUUGAUGUGUGUUUGUAUCCAGUCGUACUAACAAAUGGUUCUAAUAAAGUUGCAUAAUU